UUGUGGGCCGUUGUACUCCAUGUCUUCUUUGAAUGGAUGGUUGUAACAUGGUCAUCAGCCUGGAAAAAACAGGAGCAAGCAAAACUGGCUAUUAUUUCACCUUAGAGUGUGAUGGGGAGUGCAUUUCCCAAGGGGCUGUGAGAGGCCAGGCAGACAAGUGGACAUUUUAAUGUGCUUUUGAUAGGCAGGCGUUGCUCACCGGCUCAGCUGUCUCCUGAUCCGCGCUUGACGCCCGUGGCUGUGCUGUUUGCAGCAAGGGAGGAGAAAGCAGGUCUUCGUUUGUCUUUUAUAGGUUCCGGCUGUGGAGGCAGCGUGGUCCAGGCGGCACCGAGCCAGGGGCUGCGAUGGAAGAGGAGGAGGUGACGUUGGGUGAAAACCACCCCGGAGGCAUGAACUUACGCCGCUUGGGCCGUGUCGGGUCCACAACAUGCUGACAGUCCGAGCCAGGUUUCAGACCGGGGUGCCUGGAUAAUUUGUGGAUACAAAAUCCAAGCUGGCUGUAGAAAUGUCGUCGCUAAAUGAGCUGGAGGAUGUGGAUUUGCACAGCUCAAGCACAGAAACAGUUGAAAUGGAGCCAGAUGGUCUUAUAUUAAUUGGCAAAGAAGACGACAUAAAGAAGUCCCGAAGAAUAACAGCCAAAGUCAAUGGCAGAGAAAUUGUUGUUUUCUACCAUGAAGGGAAAUUUCAUGCUUUGGACUCUCGCUGCUACCAUGAAGGAGGCCCUUUAUGUCUUGGAGAAAUAGAGGAUAUCAAUGGUCAAGCAUGUAUUAUUUGUCCUUGGCAUAAGUAUAAAAUUACUUUGGAAACAGGAGAAGGAUUAUAUGAAGCAAUAAACCCUUUGGAGCCAUCACCAACACCACAGUGGCAAUCAAAAGGAGUCAAACAAAGGAUUCAUAAUGUCACAAUAGACAAUGGAAACGUUUAUGUGAGUCCUCCAGAUUUGUCUGUAAGCUUUGACUCCGAUUAUUUUGCUGACAAGUACAAAAAUAGUGGCGAUUUAGCUAUGCAAAAACAAAGGAACUCACAAGCAGAAGAGGAAGUCAUGGCCAGAAAGCAGAAUCCCAGUGAGUGCCCCAACGAAGAACCAUUGUCGUGAAAUAAAAAUGUACUGUGGCCGUGAAGAUUGUCUCCAGAUUAAGUUCUAGUGUUAAUAUUAUGUUAAAGCAUUGAAACACGUGGAAUUGAGUAAGAUAAGAAGCUCUGCAUUGUCAGAAAUGUGACUGAUCUUGUGCCAAUGAUUUUUUUUUUGCACUUGCAUUUCAAAAAGACUUGUUUACAGCAGAGUGCUUCGUAAUAUUUGAUAUUUUAGAAAUCCUACUUUGCUAGAAUUGUUUUAAUUUUUAGCGGGGAAUGUAGCAUGUUUCUGCUUAUAAAACCCACUACAUAGUUUAAGGUAAAUAGUCAGGUGUAAAGGUUAUGUUUAUAUACUUAACAGUUUAUACUUAUAAUGCCUUCGGUAUAAAUGACAUGGAAAUUUUUAACUUUUUAGAUAUUUGAGCAAUCUCUGGAUUAAGUGCCACAAAGAGAAGUACAAAACUUGAGCAUAUUUUAGUGAGCUUUUUUAUGCCUAUUUGUGUAUUACUACCAUGAGUCCAUAGAAGUACUUAUUUUCCUUCUUAUCAUCGAAAUCCUUUUGGUAGUUCAUCAAUCAUGUGACAAGCAUUUGUCAUAUAUAGCUUGUUCUUCCUGAUUCUGUUGGAUAAGGAAGAAGCUGUUGGAUAUAAAAACCUGAUACGUGA